CGCAGCCCUCGCCGCGCGGCCUGACGAGGCCGCCGCGGGGCGCGCCGCCUACGUCUCGCUGCUGUUCGGCGCCGGGCCCGAGGCGCGCGGCUACGCGCUGGGCGCGCUGGUGCUGGCGCACGCGCUGCGCCGCACCGGCUGCCGGCACGAGCGGGUCCUGAGAUGCACACCAGCGACGUCCCCGCGGACGUGCUGGAGGCCCUGCGGCGCUGCGGCCUGUGGCGCCUGAGGCAGGUGGAGUACCUGCACGGCAGCCACGCCCUGGGCAACAUGGAGAACUGGCACGGCAUCUUCACGAAGCUGAGGGCCUUCUCCCUCGUCGAGUACGAGAAGGUUUUGUUCCUUGACCUGGACAUGCUGGUCCUCGACAGCCUCGAUGCCCUGUUCGACCUGACGCCGCCCGCUGCCAUGGUCAAGGGCAGGUGGCAGCCUGACCACGGCACGGAGCUGGAUGGGCGGUUCUUCUUCCCACCAGAGCAGUGGAACGAGCCUCACGGUGGCAUCAACGCCGGAGUCAUGCUGCUGAGACCUGACCAGCACGUCCACGACAGGAUGGAGCAGGAGGUGGCCGACAAGUGGCACCCGGAGCACAUAUACGCCUACGGGCCCGAGCAGGAGUACCUGUCGCGCUUCUUCGCGGACCGGUGGACGCAGGUGUCCUCGCGGCACAACUUCCAGCUCUUCCGCUUCAGCGCCUCGCAGGCUCUGCGCAAGCUGGGCGAGGUGCCGCCGGCCGCCGCCGAGGUCGUCGCCUCGCUCGCCGCGGUGCAGUUCUCCUCGCACCCCAAGCCCUGGGCCUUCGCCGGCCUCUCGGCCGAGGCCACCGCAGGCCGCGUCGCCGACUCGGUGGCCGCGGUGGCCGCGGAUAUGCCCAGUGGUACCAGUCGGACUCCGGGCCGCCGCCGGAGCUGUGCCUGGGCGUCUCGCAGCUGCUGGUGCGGCGCUGGGCCGAGGCGUCUCGCGAGGUGGCCGCCGAGCUCCCCGAGGAGGCCGCCGUCCUCGGCUUGAGCACCGCCUGCGAGCUCGCGGAGCCGGGCCGAGGGCGCCCGUAGUGCUGCGAGGGGCGCACGGCCUCGGGGAGCAGAGGGCGCAGAAGGCACGCCAGGAUUUUUGCGAGUCGAGUCCGUUGGUGUUGUGAGUCUGCGUCCGAAGCGGAUCUCGCGCGUGUGAGGGGGUUUCGUCUUGAAGGAUCUUUCGCGUUUGCAGGGUUUCGUUUUGUUUGGCGUUCGCGGUUUCGGCUUGCGCGCAUGGUGUGCGAGCCUGUGCAAUUCCGAUGCUGGUUGGACGUUGGACCCACGCCGCUCGAUCAAAUGUGUGCG